CAUUUUCACCAAGUGAGAAUGUGAGAUAACGCAUGGGAGAGAAAAGGGUAAUAAUGUUAAUAUAGUACUCGCAAAAAAGUUUGCUCUCGUUCUAAUCCAAGUUUAGUAGAAGCAGAAAGAAAAAAGAAAAAAGAAAAAAGAAAAAAAAAAAAAAAAAGCAAAAAAAAAAAAAAAAAAACCCAAAAGAAUUGUCUUUCUUCAAACUCCAAAUCGCAUUGUUGCAGAUCGCAGUCGCAGCUGCAUCUCCGUCCUCAUCUUUAAACCCUCCAACAAAAGCAGCAUUUUGUAGUUGUAUCUCUAGUCAGCGGCGCCUGUGCCAACCACCUCUUCUUCUCUGCUGCUGCUGUUAUUUCUAGGUUAUUGGAAAACACCUACUUGCAAGUGGAGAUGCCAUGCUGAUAUGUGUUUUUUUCCAGGGGUAUAAAGUGCUGAACUAUUGAAGCAAGCAGCAGUUAACUUCUGCAUUUCGGUUUACAUCAAGUCCUUUAGACUUUGGAAGACUCUCCUAUAUCAAUUUGAAACAGUUCUCCCUUGGCCUUUGUCUUUCAGGUAGCCAGGGCUGACUGGUCAAAUUUAGGAACACAUACAUGAUGUGAUACGAUGCCAAGAGAACUCAUUUGAUUGUUCUGGUUGAUUCGCAAGAGUGAUAAUAUUUCCAAGCUCUUGAUUUUCCCAUGGAGUCUUUUUUGAAGCCCAGUGGCAUUCCAGAGGCAUGGCAUAUUAUUGUAGCAAUAUAUUUCGCUAUUUUCUUCGUUGGUGCUAGGUUCUUCUUUGACAAAUUUGUCUUUCGUAGGCUAUCCAUAUGGUUGCUGGGUUUGAGUAAGAGAUCUGCUCGAUUGAAGUUUGAUGAGGCUACACAAGCAAAAAUCAUAAAGUGCUCCGAGUCAUUAUGGAAGCUGAUUUACUAUGCCACAAUAGAGGCCUCAAUUCUUUGCAUCAUCUAUGAUGAACCAUGGUUCAGAGAUACUAAGGAGUACUUUAGAGGAUGGCCAGAUCAAGAGCUCAAGCUUCCUUUGAAAGUUUUCUACAUGUGCCAAUGCGGGUUCUACAUCUAUAGCAUUGCUGCCCUUCUCACAUGGGAAACUCGAAGGAAGGAUUUUGCAGUGAUGAUGUCUCAUCAUGUGAUCACUGUUCUUCUUAUAGGCUAUUCAUAUGCUACAAGCUUUUUCAGGAUUGGAUCAAUUAUCUUAGUCCUGCAUGAUGCAAGUGAUGUUUUUAUGGAAGCUGCAAAAAUUUUCAAGUAUUCUGAGAAAGAGCUUGCAGCAAGCGUGUUCUUUGGUUUAUUUGCUGUGUCAUGGCUCACGUUACGUCUAAUAUUCUUUCCCUUCUGGGUAAUAAGAGCCACCAGCUACGAUCUGCCAAACUACUUGGACCUUUCGAAGCCCUAUCCAAGAUCUAUGUACUAUGUCUACAAUACCAUGUUGAUUAUGCUGCUUAUUUUCCAUGUGUACUGGUGGAUUCUCAUAUGCUCAAUGAUAAUGCGGCAGCUGAAAAAUAAAGGGAAAGUUGGGGAAGAUAUAAGAUCUGAUUCAGAGGAUGAUGACUAGGUGGAAGAUCUUGGAAUUUUCUGGCGUACAGAGCAUGUAGAAGAAUGUAGCACAGCACAUAUCCCAUUGUUCUUGAAUAGAUUCCAUAGGUGGAAAAUGAUGUGAGAUGAAGUUGGCUCCCAUUGGAUAAAAUUUUGCUGUAUAAAUAACAGGUUUUCUUGUAUAAUUGUUCGUUUCAAGCAUCACAUCCUUUUAAGGUGAAUUAGAAACCAUAUAUAUUGUCAAGUGCAGCGAUUCAUUUUCCAUUGAUGUUGCCUCUAUAACUUGAGUAGCUGGUUAAGGUGCGGUUGGAGCUACAUGUCGUUGUCAGAUGAAGUAUGCGAUUAAUUGAAUGUCAUAGAUACUGAAACUCAUCAAAACUAAGGGUGUUUUUGUUGUUGAGUUGAUACAAGUAUCAUUGUAAAAGAUGUUGAUACAAGUACCACUAAUAUUAGAUGUUGGGGAUCUCCUCUCCCUAUCAACGUCA